AUGGACUUAAAAUGUAUGUAAUUUUAUUUAUAAUAUAAAAGAAAGGAAAAACCUUUGUAAUUUAACAAUUUAAAAAUCUAUUAUUAAAAAGUAAAUUGAUUCAAGCAAUUUGAGUGAUUAAAGAUAAGAUUAAACAUAAUACACAUAGAGAGUAUAAUAAAUUGAUGUUUUUGAAUAAUAGAAGUAUUUAGAGGAACAAUAAUUAUCAUAAAAAUCUAAUAUUUUAGAAUCUGAUAAAAAUAUUCUAUAUUAAAUAAUGCUUUUAAUAUUUUUAGGAAUUACAUAUGAGAUUAUUUUUGAAUUAUGUGUAUAAUUGCUUUAGUUAAUGAAGCCAUUUAUUCAACAUAUAUCUAGCACACUUUAGUUCUUAUCAUUAUUUAAUAUAUUCAUAUUAUUUAAGUGCUUUCGUUCAUAAAAAAUAAAGAGUUUUAAAUAAAAAGAACGAUUUGUAUUUAAACUAUUCAUUUAUUAUACCAAAAGAAUACAAACAAGAUGA